UGCAGUUGCUGCCUUGCGCCGUACCGCACGCCGGAUCGCCUCGCCGCCGUCUCGCCGGCGGCGGGACCUGAGACGGGCGGCGGGCCGACCCCCAUAGAAGGAACUGGAUCGGGGAGGUCAGGAUUUCGUGCCAGGUGCUUGCUCAGCUGAGGAUUCGAGGUGGAUGGCCAUGGAGGUGGUGGAAGUGGCUCUCCCCACGGAGAAGCUCUCCGUGGAUCCAAAUCGGGGUGGGGCAAGCCGAGGUGGAGUUGUGCUGGUGGCCACCGGGAGCUUCAACCCUCCCACCUACAUGCACCUAAGAAUGUUUGAGCUGGCAAAGGAUGAGUUGCAGCAGCGGGGGUACUCCGUGCUGGGUGGGUACAUGUCCCCGGUGAAUGAUGCGUAUAAGAAGAAGGACCUCUUACCGGCUGUUCACCGGAUCCGCCUUUGCGAACUGGCGUGCGGGAGCUCAUCUUUCGUGAUGGUUGAUCCAUGGGAGGCAAUGCAGAAAGGUUAUCAGCGCACCUUGACUGUUCUCUCCAGGGUUAAGAACUCUCUUUGCAAGGAUGGCUUAGCUGAUCAAGGUAGUCUCAAGGUAAUGCUCUUAUGUGGUUCUGACCUGCUUGAGUCUUUCAGCACCCCAGGAGUUUGGAUUCCAGAUCAGGUCAGGGCCAUAUGCAAAGACUUUGGUGUCGUUUGUAUACGCAGAGAAGGAAACGAUGUUCAAGGGCUAAUAUCCAAAAGCGAGACACUGGAAGAAUGCAGAGAUAACAUCAUUUCGGUUGAUGAGAUUGUGCCAAAUCAGAUCAGUUCAUCCAGAGUAAGAGAAUGUAUAAGAAGAUGUCUCUCGAUAAAGUACCUCACUUGUGACGAAGUAAUCGAGUACAUUAGGGAGCACAAACUGUACAUGGAAAUUGAAGAGACUGAUACCAGAUCAUGACAAUGUUGGAAGCCUUUUCAAACGAUUAGCGGUCAUGGUGCCGCGCCGCUGUGAGUAUCAAUAUUUUGAUAUAAUCGGAGUACCGAAGACGAUGAGAUACCACCCUUAUAAGAAAUAAAGGGGUCUGGCUGCUCGGUAGCAUCAUGAAUGGAUGCGAUGUAAAAGGUUCUCAAAUCUUCCUUAUGUUGUCAAUGUGUCGAGUAACGCUAACAGAAGAUAUUGCUAAAUCAUUUAUAUGACAUGAAAAUAUCAGUUUCAUCCUC